AGGGAAUAUUAUUUCCCCCAGAGCUCCGCCUGCAGCUGAUUUCUUGCAUUUGCUAAAGUAGCUCAGCGGUCUCGACCCAAACAUGACAUCCCACAAAUCUCCGCGAGGUACAGAAUAUUCGCGGUAAACUUCGAUUUCGACCGUAAUGUACAAAACAUUUUGGUUUCUUGUACUAUGGCAAACUCUACUAAUAACAAUCUUCUGGGGAAUCAGAGGAGACGAAAUUUCAUUUACAGUGCAAUCGCAUCACACUCAAGAGAAGGAAAUGCACUUGGACCUCAAUCAAGUAAUUCAGCUGGUGUUGUUCAUGCUCAAUCAGUGGUACGAACUUCGCUACAUCAGGAAUCACCGCACAAAAAGUUCAAAAGUUCUCAUGGCUCACCCGGAAAAAGAGAAGAUGAGAUUGCGGCAGAGGAAGCCUGCCGUGACCUUCCACUCGAUGUUUUUGAUGAUGACGAGUUUUACACUUUGGACGAUGACCUCGACGACAACGAUCUUCUGACAGCUGAACAGUUGCGGGAGUGUGAUCGACUAGCUUCAUCCAGUUUAUACCCACAGCAAAGUAUUUGCCGUGGUACCGUCACUAGCUCCUCGCGUGUUGGUCCUGAUAAAAGUUCCGAUGAGAAUCAUGAAGUCAAGUGUAUUCAGGAUCAUGUUUCUUUUGUUGAUUCGAGGGUAUCACAUGCAAAUUCUUCUAUACAUCCACUUGUAGAAAGGGAUCCGUCUUUGAAUUUACUUGUGGAUCAACCUAAUGGGACGGUUUCUGCACGCAGUAGUGAUAUAGGUGGGAACAACCUGAAAAAAGAAUAUGAAAGACUCAAAACUGAGUUAGCUGCAGCAAGCACUGCUGUCAAAAGGCUGGAAGAGGAUAAGUUCUGUAAAGAUGGAGAAAUUAAGAUGUUGCGUGAUUCUCUAUCAGAUUAUCAAGCUGAAGAAAAGAGAAGGCAAGCAGAGAAAAAGGCUGUUGAUGAAAGACAAGCUAAAGAACAGAGUGAUAGAGAAAGAGAAUUGUUAAAACAAGUUGAAAACUUAACUACUCAAAUCCGAUUCAAAGAACGAGAAAUUUCACAGAUGAUGGAACAGAACCAGAACAAAAAAAGAACAGCAUCUUUGUCAGUUGGAAGUAGUCAUAGUCCAAAAAGGAAGCUGGUCAACCUCAGUGAAGCUUUUCCAACUGGAAAUUCAUUCUUCCAGAAAACAUCUCCUGAAAGCAAAGUAAAAUCACCUAGGAUGGAAGGGAUGGAAAAGGAAGUCAAAACUCAGAGCAAACAGAACUCACCAAGAUUAUCUGAGGGAGACACUUCAGAAAACACAGGGCUCAGUGGUUUUUCCAGUAGCAGUUCGACUGUGGACACAGUGAGAGCCCAGAGAAGGGAUAACUGUGCCAGUGAAAUAGCCAAUGUACAGCUACUUGUUGAAAGUUUUCCAGAAGUUGAACUUGUUCAGAAUUUGUUAUUACCACAAGAAAAAGAACAACAGUUCAUUCUUCAGGAACAAGAUGGCAGUGGUAGCAUCCUAUCACUUCCGACAAAUUGUACAAAUGUUUACUCAACAUCUUCAAUACUGAAAACUUUUCUGAAUGAGAGAGAUGUCACACAUACUCUGAGACUGUUUGAAACUCAGGCUGCUUCAAUACUGCCCAAAUCUAUCAGUGGUGUCACUCAGAAAGAUUCUUUAGUUAUGUCUGACGGCAGUUCUGUGAUGCAAACUUUAUCUGGGCUUCUUAAUUACCCCCAAAUGGGAAAUAAUGAGGGUGAAGAAAAAACCUCGAAUUUGGUUUUCAAAGAUCGUCAUUUGCCAGCAGCAGUUAAAUUUCUACCUUUACUGGAGAACCAUAUUGCAGAUUAUGUUCAUCAAAAGACAGAACGCAGUGAUGAAAACAUUGUCAGCACUAGUUUACCAAGAAGUUCUCCAACAAAUGACUCAGCUGAGUCCAGAGAAAGUUCACUGCUUGAAAGUGAACAUGCAAAAAAACUUGCUGGAUUGCAAAGAAAUGCACAAAUUUCACUGAGACUUCUGAAUGUUCUUGUGAUGCAUAGCCAUGAAGUUUGUGAAUGUAUUUUAAUGUCAGCCAGGGUGUGUGGUGAUAGUGAUGAGAUUUCUAGUGAGAGCGUAUUGAACACAAUUGAUGAUAUAGCUAAGAUAUUUUCAAGUAAAGAAAAAGACAAAGUCUUCAUUCAAUACCCACUUUUCUCAAGCAUAAAAAUUGCCACCAGAAAUAGUCCUGUGGACAACUCGCACAUCUCCAGUUUGGGUAAAAUGAGGGUAGAGGCCUCUGUGGAAACAGGUGUGGCAGUUGUUUUUUAUUUUUUUCCCCCUUGGUUUUUAGAGAAGAUUGACGACAAGGAGAACAUUUAUCAAACAGAAUUACUGGGUUACAUGUUUAUGUUAUUGAUGCCUCAACCAAACAAUUCUGUGAAUGUUGCUUAUUAUACUCUGCAAGUCCUCAAUUUGUUGGCAAGAGAUUGUGAAUUGAAAUUCCUCCCAAGAAUGUUGCCAUUGUUGACUGAGAACCUUCUUUCACAGUGUCUUUCCCAAGACUGGACUCUUGGUACAUUGUCUUUGGUUACAUCACUCCUAACACUUUUAAUGAGACACAGCUGUUUUCGAAAGAGACUCUGUUCCCAAUCAGAUGAUUGUAUUUUACUCAAGAUUUACCAGGGAUGGCUUUUUAAGCCAGCUGACCCAUGCUGUCAAGAAGUUCAUUUAAAGAUUUGUACAUUUGUCAAUAACCUCCUUAAAAAUUCUGACUCAUUGGCCUUAUUAUUUCCUUUGGAGAGUGAAUGUCAAUGCAAUCUUGAGCUUAUCAAGUGCCUUGUAUUGAUGUUAGACAGAGAACUCAACUCACUCAGCCAAGUUCCAUCUGAAGCACUAACUGACCAUGCACAGAAAAGCCACAAUCUGAUGUUAUUGAGGCAGGGUGUGUUUCUUCUCUCCAUGUUAUGUCUCAAUGAUCGAAUGUUUGUGGAGCAUCGUGCUGAAGUAGAACAUCAAUAUGUUAAUGUUGUGAGCUGUGUUACCAGACUUUACAAGCAGAUUGUUGGUGUGAUUUCAGAAGCAGAAGUAUUUGCUGUCCAAGAGUUGGUUGAUUUUGAACACAUUUAUGGGAUUGAGUGGUCACAGGAAUCUGAUGAUGAAGAUGAGACUGUUGAAGGAAUGGAAGUUGCUGAAUGAAAUUCAGUAAACUCUUGGAUUUCAAUAACUGAAAACUCUAAAUCACUGUUCAGGUCUUCGUAAAUUCUUAAAGUGAUCCUUUUUGUCAACAUUGCCAGAGAGAAAAGCUCUUGGACAGAAAGAGAUAAAGCUGGAUGGAGGAUAGAGCAGCAUAAGUGCUUACUCACUGAAAUGUGUCACAAGGUUUUCUUCUGCAAAUGUAAUGAAGCUUUGAAUUUUUUAUGUAAAGGUAAACUAUGAUUCAUCUGAUAUCUGAUCUAUAUGUUCAGAUAACUGACCAAGGUUAAGAAGUUCAGGUUCCUUUUUAGUGAAAUUGGGUUUCCUUAGGUUAGGUGUAGGAAAGAAGAAUUAUACAACAAAAUAAUUAUUCAAAAUGUUCUGUUUGUAAAUAGUAUAUUUUUUAUGCAAAAGUUAUGUCAACUGUUGAUCAUAACAAAGUCUUUUUUGAAACCCUUACCUGUCUAGAUGAGUUGGUGAAAUCACUAGACACCUGCAACACCAUUAAAAGCUCAGUUAAAAAGUUGAA